GCCUGUUAUUGGCUUCUUGCUGUUGGCAAACACGUAAAUGAAUUAAUUGAAUUGAAUUGAAUUGAAUUUAACACAUGACUUCAGAGUUCAAGUGGUGAUAUGGGAGUUCAGGCUGCCACAAAGAAUAUUGAAAGAGAUAGAAAAUAAAGUUAACAAAGUUUACAGAAUGCCGCAAAUGGCGCGAAUGUAGUAACUGAUGAUCAUUAUCUCUGAAACAACUCGUGGUGUGAAGAAAAUUAACACGUAAUUUGCUAUAUUAUUUGAAGCCCUGCGCCGUGAGUUAUUUAUUAACCUAAAGGCACUACUUGGUAUGGUGCAGGAAACCUUUAUGGUUCUUCUCAAAACCAUUAGUGGCAUUAUCAUUUAUUUCGAUUACUUUGUAAAUGUUUCAAAGACAUCACAGUAAAUAUUAUUACGUUCCGAUUAAAGCACAUCCUUAAGUUGUCGUCGGAAAGAACACAGUCCUACCGAGAAAAUUAUCGAAGAUGAGCGGAGCAGAAACGCGUUCCGUUCCACCUGGAAAGACCUUGACAUUUAUGAAUAUUCUACGGCUGAGGGGAAUCACAUUGAGGUUGUCGACUGACGAACAUGCAGUGAUUACUGUCCAAGCUAUUCAAAGUAUGACGCCUUCCAGCAACGGUGUUCGAAGAAACCUUAAUGAGAAAAUAAAGCGUAGAUGGAAAGAUAGUACAAGGAAAUACGUUGUUGACUCCAAAUGCACAACCAGUGUACAAACAACUUAACUAACUCCAUGGAACAGGGUCUUUCUUGUCUUUCUUGACAAGCUAAUAAUAUGCUAAGCUGGUCAAGAAAUCCCAGAAUUUUGCCGUAACUAAAGUCUAAUUACCGUGUUCACAACAGCCCCCAACCAGUCCCUAUCCUCAAACACACAAACCAAAUACUUCCCAUUCAGUUUUACUGAGAUUUAUCUUGAUAUAAUCCUUCCACCUAUACGCAGACUUCCGUGUCGUCUAAUCCUUUGAGGAUACCCAACUAGAAUUUUGGCGCAUUUCUAGACGAGUAGGGCAAGACUGAAAUCAGUUUGUAUGCGGGCCGUAACAUCAAGAAUACCAAGUUAAAACAACAGAUAACUAAUUAACUGAUUAACUAACUAACUACCGUCUAACAGCCAAACAAACACAGGGCCUUCUUCAGUUUGUAGUUAUUCAGAUUAUCGGGAAAUUCCGUGCUGAUGCGGUAUAAGAGUUCAUAUCAGUCACAAAAUAUAAUUAAUCUAAAUUCUACUUUAUCCAGGUCAGACACGUCAGAACAGCCAAAUAUAUUUCAAUAUAAAUUACGCUAUGAGUGAACGGAGUUUGCAGGGUCCAUGUUGUGUCCAGGCCGGUCUCAUAACAGCAUGACCAGACUUAAACUCUACCGCAGAGGGGGAAUCACAAUGGACGCUAACAGUGAUUCCGAUUGUGCUUGGGAAAAUUAUCCAGCUCAUCUCCGGAGCAACCACUUACAAAACCUUCACCUUCUGGAUUUUGCCCUUCCCUCAAGACGUUUUCUUUUUCUUCCACGCUUUGUUCAUCCGCGAUUUUAUCCGGUUAAGAAUCUGUAUAUAUACUGGGUUUGAAGUCUGUUCGUCAGUUGUUGGAUUUUACGCCCACUGUGAAGAUCUUUUUGAAGAACACCAUGGUCAAGUACCUGGUGUAUAUAUCGCUACUUGUAGCUGCCGUCUGGGCAUUACCAACUCCAGGUGGAGGCGGUGGCCUUGGUGGUUACGGAGGAGGUGGCCACGGAGGUGGCAGUUUUGGAGGUGGUGGAUUCGGUGGCGGCCGCGGUGGAUAUGGAGGUAGCCACGGGGGUGGUCUUGGUGGAUACGGGGGCAAAGGCGGAUACGGAGGUGGUGGAUUUGGAGGUGGCGGUGGAUUUGGAGGAGGCGGUGGAUAUGGAGGUGGUGGUGGAUUUGGAGGAGGUUACGGUGGUCAAGGAGGAUAUGGUAAACACGGGUGAUUAUAAAUAUUUGUAAAAACAAUUUGCACUCAGACUACUGUUGUGUAACGACUUUCGUGAUCAAGAAGUGAAAUUACUACAAGUUCUUCGUACCUAUGGAAAUUCAGUUCAGACACAGCAAUGUAAAUUUUGGAAUUUCUGGCAGCGAUCUUGUUAAUUCGACUACAGUAAAAGAAAACUAGACAAUUUAACGUGUCUGUUUUCGAGAAAAUGACAUCUUCAAUGACAGCUUCAACAUUCACAUUUGGAUACUAUUCUAAAUAUAUUAAUGUUCAUAUUUUUGUUUAAUUUUGUGAUAAUUUUGAUUAUGAAACAAUUCACAACGCCACCUUCUGAUAUCACCACACAACUUCUGGUGUUGUACGUUACUAUUAACGUCGGUUCAAGUACGGUUAAUAUUUUUAAUCGGAAAUCAUACCUCACAUGAGUUAUAAAUACAUGACGACACUUUUCUUAUAUUAGUAACUAUGUGCAUUUAAACAUAAAUAUGUUAUUAUUUCACAAAUAAAGAACAUUUUAAAAUUAUUAA